UCAUCACUGUCCUUCAACUGUUUGUGAAUUUGUACGAAAGAAGCAGUGGCAGGCCGGAAUUUUGGAUUUUCAGUUUGAAGGGAAGCUGCGAGGAAACUUCCUAGAUUCCGUCUCUCUCUCUCUCUCCGCCUCUCGUCUUUCGUGCGGGCUGAGCGGGGCCAGCGCGGUGGAGAUCGAGCUUGCUGCACGCUGCUACAACAUUUGAGGGGUAGAAAAAAGGACAGGUGGAGGGUGGCUGCAAUCGAUCCGUUGAGUUUGGGAAAGGAAUGAGCUGUCCAGCUCGCAGUUGGGUUGAACAGAGAGUACAAUUGGUGCAGGGAAGGUGAGGAGGCGAGAGCUGCGAUUCUGUGGGGUUUCGAUCCUGGGAGGUUCGAGACUGGGAAAAGCCUGGGCUAUGCUUUGCGUUCCAAUUCUUUAUCAUUUUCUCUCUGUUUUCCUUGUUUGAAGCUGAAUCAAUCGUGAUCUCUGGAGGUGUGCACGUGCACGUAGUUGCAUAGCUUGUCACCUUCCAUGCUUUUUGGCUUGCUCUGUGCGGGUGAUUUUGUUUCUUCUGUAUACGAGAUUUGUUUUAAUUGAAGAUUCGAGAGGCCCGGUUUCAUCUCUCCUGAGGAGUGGAUCGCCAUGGAACAGCCUUCGCCGAGCCGAUACCAGAGACACUGUGACGAGGAGACGGGUAACCAGGGUGGUAUUGGUGGGGGCAACGGAGAGAUCUGCGUCUCUUACGAUGCCUUUGACAUUCCGCCGAAGAAUGUACCUGUUGAGCGGCUCCGGAGAUGGAGGCAAGCUGCCCUUGUGCUUAAUGCAUCUCGCCGAUUUAGAUAUACAUUGGAUUUGAAGAAGGAGGAAGAGAAAGAGCAGCUAAGGAGGAAGAUACGAGCACAUGCCCAAGUCAUACGGGCUGCUUUUCUUUUUAAAGAGGCUGGUGAAAGAGAAGCAUCAGGCAAAUCUGGUGUAGCACCGGCAGUGCCUAUUGGUAGUUAUGGGAUUGCACCUGAUCAGCUCACUACAAUGACCAGAGAUCAUGAUAUGUCAUCUCUUCAAGAAUAUGGCGGGGUAAAAGGCUUAUCAAAUCUGUUGAAGACUAAUUUGGAUAAAGGAAUUGUUGGAAGCGAUGCAGAAUUAUUACACAGGAGAAAUACCUUUGGUGCAAAUACAUAUCCUCAGAAGAAAGGAAGGAACUUUUUGGUAUUUCUCUGGGAAGCUUGUCAAGAUCUAACUCUUGUAAUCCUAAUAAUAGCUGCUGUUAUAUCCUUGGUCUUGGGCAUUAAAACUGAGGGUGUGAAAGAAGGAUGGUAUGAUGGUGGAAGCAUUGCCUUUGCUGUUUUCCUCGUCAUUUUAGUUACGGCUACCAGUGAUUAUAAGCAAUCUCUUCAGUUCCAAAAUCUUAAUGAGGAGAAGCGGAAUAUACAUUUAGAGGUUAUUCGAGGUGGCAGACGAGUUAGAAUUUCAAUAUUUGAUAUUGUUGUUGGUGAUUUAGUUCCGCUAAAAAUUGGUGAUCAGGUUCCUGCUGCUGGAAUUUUAAUUUCUUCUCUUGCCGUUGAUGAAUCAAGCUUAACAGGAGAAAGCAAAAUUGUGCACAAGGAUCUGAAAACACCUUUUCUGAUGUCUGGAUGCAAAGUUGCUGAUGGUUAUGGGAGUAUGUUGGUCACUGCUGUGGGGAUCAAUACUGAAUGGGGAUUAUUGAUGGCCAGUAUAUCAGAAGACAGUGGUGAAGAAACCCCAUUGCAGGUUCGCUUGAAUGGUGUUGCUACAUUAAUCGGCAUAGUAGGCCUUUCUGUUGCUGCUUUUGUCCUCGUAGUCCUCAUAACAAGAUUCUUCACUGGUCAUACAAAAAAGUAUGAUGGAAGUACUCAAUUCAUCAAGGGGCAGACGAGUGUGAAAGAUGCAAUAGAUGGAGCCGUAAAGAUUUUGACUAUUGCAGUGACUAUCGUGGUGGUCGCUGUGCCUGAAGGUCUUCCACUUGCUGUCACGUUGACACUAGCGUAUUCAAUGCGAAAAAUGAUGGCAGACAAGGCGUUGGUGCGUAGACUUUCAUCUUGUGAAACUAUGGGAUCUGCUACGACAAUUUGCAGUGAUAAAACUGGAACUCUAACUUUAAAUAAGAUGACUGUCGUGGAAGCACAUGUUGGUGGAAUGAAGCUUCCUGCUCCAGAUGACGCAAAACAGUUAUCUCCUUCUGUAAGUUCUCUAUUGAUUGAAGGCAUCUCUCAGAAUACAACUGGCAGUGUGUAUGAGCCUGAGAAUGGCACCCCUGAAGUUACUGGCACCCCUACGGAAAAGGCAAUACUUUCUUGGGGGAUUAAGCUUGGUAUGAAAUUUGAUGACGCUAGAUCAAAAACAUCAAUACUUCAUGUUUUUCCCUUCAACUCAGAGAAGAAGCGAGGAGGUGUUGCAGUUCAUGAGGUAGGCUCUGAAGUUAUCCAUGUACAUUGGAAGGGAGCAGCUGAGAUAAUCCUAGCUUCAUGCACAAGCUGGAUGGAUUCUCAUGGCCACCUCCAGGAAAUGAAUCCAAAUCAGAUGGACUCGUUUAAAGAAGCUAUUGAAGAAAUGGCAGCAUUAAGCCUUCGUUGUGUUGCGUUAGCAUACAGGUUAUUUGAAAUGGAAAAUGUACCUAUGGAACAAGAAAGGGACAGUUGGGCAAUGCCGGAGAAUGAUUUGAUUCUGCUCGGUAUUGUAGGGAUAAAGGAUCCAUGUCGGCCUGGCGUGAGAGAUGCUGUCGAACUAUGCACUAGUGCAGGUGUCAAGGUUCGCAUGGUUACUGGAGAUAAUCUUCACACUGCCAAAGCUAUUGCCUUGGACUGCGGAAUUCUUCAAUCAGAAGAGGAAGCAAUGGAACCGACACUAAUAGAGGGCAAAGUUUUCCGUGCUUAUUCAGAGAAAGCUAGAGAAGAAAUAGCUGAAAAGAUAUCAGUGAUGGGAAGGUCUUCCCCAAAUGACAAGCUUUUGCUUGUCCAAGCACUGAGAAAAAGGGGUCAUGUCGUUGCAGUCACUGGAGACGGUACUAAUGAUGCUCCAGCAUUGCAUGAUGCAGAUAUUGGUCUGGCAAUGGGAAUACAGGGUACAGAGGUUGCGAAAGAAAGCUCCGACAUUAUUAUUCUUGAUGAUAAUUUCGCUUCGGUGGUGAAGGUUGUUCGGUGGGGCCGAUCAGUAUAUGCAAAUAUUCAAAAGUUUAUCCAGUUCCAGCUCACUGUUAAUGUCGCAGCACUAGUGAUUAAUGUGGUUGCCUCAGUUUCAGCUGGUGAUGUCCCUCUGAAUGCUGUUGAGCUUUUGUGGGUUAACCUUAUUAUGGACACCCUUGGUGCGCUUGCAUUAGCCACCGAGCCACCAACAGACCAUCUUAUGAAGAGACCACCAGUUGGCCGGAGGGAACCCCUUAUCACCAAUAUCAUGUGGAGAAACCUCAUAGUACAGGCACUCUACCAAAUAACAAUCCUCCUCGUUCUUAAUUUUGGUGGAAGAAGUCUUCUUGGUUUGUCCGAUGAGACGCGAGAACGUGCAGAUAAGAUGAAAAAUACCUUCAUUUUUAACACGUUCGUCUUUUGUCAGAUAUUCAAUGAAUUCAAUGCCCGGAAACCAGAUGAGAUGAAUGUCUUCACAGGGGUUACAAGGAACCGUCUUUUUAUGGGAAUAAUUGGAAUAACGCUAGUGCUCCAGAUUAUGAUCGUCGAAUUCCUUGGGAAGUUCACUUCAACUAUCAGGCUUAGUUGGAAGUUAUGGUUGGUUUCUCUUGGAAUUGCAUCCCUGAGUUGGCCACUUGCUGUUGCCGGAAAGCUCAUUCCUGUACCAAAAACUCCUAUUGGGGAGUAUUUUCGGAGGUACUUCAAGAUGCAAAGAAAAGAAAGCGAAGCUGAUGAAUGUGAUCAGCCGAGCGAUUCAAGACCAUAGGCAGCGAAUCAACCGCUCAGUUUUAUAUGGCCAAAUGGUACUUGUACUUAAGUAUGACUACUACUAACCAACCAAACAAUUUUUUUUUUUUUUUUAAGAGCAAAGAUGAUUGAUGGAUGAGCUUGGUAAUGUGCAGCUAAGUUUAUCCUACCCAUCUAUAUGUUUUGUUGUGUCAUAUUUUGAAUCUUCAUAUAAUUUAUAUUUGUUGCUUUUGUUACUAAAGUUGGUGUACUUAUUUUUAACCGUUUAUGAAAGGUUUUAUAAUAUUAUAAUAUGUGUGGAUGUGUUUCAAUGGAGACUUGAGAUUAUAGUGUUUUUGCAUACAUGGUUUUUUUGAUACUUUUGCAAUGGCUGUCAUGAUGUUAAAAAAUGUAU